AUGAACGACCCUUCAUCUCCGCCACAGCGCCACGGUGUGUCCCCUUCCGUCUUCGACGACCGUUCAAAUGCUGCCGCUCUUCAACAUUCCGAUGCGGCCCCCGCCAUUUGCCGAAUAUGUCGCGGUGAGGGAACCUCGGCAGAGCCCUUGUUCUACCCUUGCAAGUGUAGCGGCAGCAUCAAAUUCGUUCACCAGGACUGUUUGAUGGAGUGGCUCUCACAUUCGCAAAAGAAAUACUGCGAGCUUUGCAAGACCUCUUUCCGCUUCACUAAAUUAUACGCGCCGGACAUGCCGCAGUCGCUCCCGGUUCACAUAUUCCUCGAGCACAUGGCAAGAUAUCUAGUACGAAACGCCUUGCUAUGGCUUCGCGCCGCCGUGACCAUCAGCGUGUGGGUGUGCUGGCUGCCGUAUUUCAUGCGGGUUGUCUGGGCCUUCCUGUUUUGGGUCAGCGACGAGGGCCUGGGUGCCGGACCAUUUGCAUCACGACACUCGCUCGUCAAGCCUGUGGUACUUGGUCCUGCACCUACUUGUGCCGCAAGUCCUCCGUAUCCGCUAAAUACCCCCAACCAAAGCGACAGUACCACCGUCGUUGAUAAAAUCACCUUCCUAAACAGCACGGCUGGCUCCUUUUCAGCAACACUGCUGAGCGAUGUCGGCUUCCUGAGAAACUUCACUCGCAGUGCGACCGUGAACCGCACGGUCAUCACCGUCAUUGAGGGUCAGAUAAUCACCGUUCUAGUCAUUGUGUGUUUUAUUCUAGUAAUCCUGGUCCGCGAUUAUGUCGUCCAGCAGCAGCCAGAGAUCAACAUGCGAGCCGCUUUCGCCGACCAAGAAAACAACAACCCGCCGGCCCCUGCCCAGCAGCCAGUUGACGCAGAGAUACGUGACGAUAAUGGCGGCGGCGGCGGCGACGACGACGACGACGACGACAAUGGCGAGGACAAUCACGAUCACGACGAUAGCCCAGAAUCUGACGGCAUGGGCUCUGAUGGCGAGACCCUGGAUGCUGGAUUGGAGGUUCAUGAGUCACUCGGAUCCGACACCGGGCACGACAUCAACACUGGAGAACCAGACCUGUCUUCUACAGACGCCGAUAUGCGCAACGCUAUCGCACCUGAACGACUGCUUCCUGAAUUAGCCGCAGACUCACACGAGUCUUCAGCACACGACGAAGCGGCCGCAGGCUCGGACAACCGAGCCAGCGUUAUUGACUACCUACGAGUAUACCGUCAGGCUGGUGGUAAUUUAGAAAAGAUCUUGCAGAUCGUCGAAGAGGAAAAUUUAGAGGACAAGCUUGGCUACUGGGUCGAUGUUGCUCAGCGAUCCAUCCGGGAGCGAGAAACGAACCUGGCAGACACGUCAGGCCCUCCCAUUUCCCAAGAGGAUGUGCAAUCCUCACUACCACUCCCUCGGGUUCUAGAUUUCAGCAAGCUCAAUGAUCGGGGUCAGCUUGUGCCCUUGGGAGAUGAACAAGAAGCUACGCAGAAGAUCUCCAAAGGCAAAGAGAGGGAACGCAUACCAAUGUCCCCAGACUUUUCGCCCCAUCCAGCGAACCCGGAUGACGAAAACGCCUCUGGCCCGUCAAGGCCCCGGGCUCGAUCCGAUGGCCCUGAACCCAUAACCCUUGCAAGUGCGUUGGGGAAUAACAGUUGGACUUUCGACAGCCUUCCUACUGCAAAUCAAGGUGACCCAGAAUGCGCGACACCGCCCCUCGUGCCAGGCCCGACAGAUACGACGCCGGUUCAGAGUGUCAACGGGAUUGUGAGGCGCCGCACUCCCAUUCCUGACAGCCCCCCUCGCUCAAAUCAUGGCGAUGAUGUUGCGUCAAUCGGUCAUGGUGGCGAUGUGGCCCACGUUGUUCCAGGGGAGCCGGCUGUACCUAUACCAGAGCAGAGAGGGUUCGUCGCUCGCAUCGCCAACUUCAUGUGGGGUGAUCUUGAUCAGCAUCGGGACAUCGACCAAGAGCAACAGGAGCCCGCUGCUGCUGGCGACGACGAUGGGGCAGAAGACGCGUGGGUUGACGUGCCUAUUGCUGGACCCGCGGAUGCCAACGCGGAACCAAACGCUGGCGAAGUCGACGCUGCCGCUGCCGCAGCCAUGGACGCUGAGGCCAUCGAAGAUCUUGAGGAUUUUGAAGGCGUAAUGGAGCUCUUGGGCAUGCGUGGUCCCAUUGUCGGACUGUUCCAAAAUGCCAUCUUCUGUGCUGUUCUCGUAUCACUGACUAUAUUCACUUGCAUUUUCAUCCCUUAUAACAUAGGGCGCUUUUCCGUUUGGAUCAUGGCCAAUCCUAUCCUCCUUGUACGGAUGCUCAUGGGUCUCUCCAAACUAAUCCAAGAUGCCGCGAUGAUGAUUGGUGGGUUUGGUUCUUGGUGUACACUGAACAUUGUCGACAUGUUCACGAGUGUUAUUGGAGGUACCAUGGGUGCUCAGAUUGUGUCUGCCAGAAAGGCAUGUUGGGGACUGUGGACUGGCGCUGGGACCAGAGUUGUGGAAUAUGCUCUCAUGGAGUUCCCUUUGACCGCUUCCGAAGUACAGAACUUCUCAGCAAUCAGUCAUGAGUCUUUGAAUGUGCUCAAAGAGAAUAUUGGCUGGGUUCUCGGUCAGGCCGAUAUUAGCCUCAAGGCUCUUGCGCGACCCGACUAUACCGCUGUCAUUGACGGGCGGUUUGUUGCCGCGGCUUCAACAACUUUGCGGUCUUUCAUUUCCACCCUCACGGACGCGGCGUCCUUUUUGUUGGACCCAAGCUCCUGGACGAUCGACCUGGGUGAAGUUGCCACAGGAGCCUCAGUGAAUCCCAGCCUUGCAUACUGGUCAGGUCUGGACCGAUUCUGGGCAAUUCUCAUCGGAUAUCUGACCAUCUUUGCUGUUGGUGCGUUGUACCUCAGACGAGACAGCCCAUUUUCGCGAGGGGCCAUGAUGCAAGCUUGGGAAGCGGGCGUUAUCGACACCCUCCACCAGGCAAGCGGUAUCAUGAAAGUCAUCCUCAUCAUCAGCAUUGAAAUGCUCGUCUUUCCUCUAUAUUGUGGUCUCUUGCUAGAUGGCGCCUUGCUUCCGCUUUUCGAAGACGCAACCUUCAACUCCCGCAUUCUCUUUACCUACAAUUACCCCUCGACAUCAAUCUUCGUCCACUGGUUCGUGGGAACUGGAUACAUGUUUCAUUUUGCACUUUUUGUUUCCAUGUGCCGCAAGAUCAUGCGCCCAGGCGUAUUGUACUUUAUUAGAGAUCCAGACGAUCCCGAGUUCCACCCUGUACGGGACGUAUUAGAGCGAAAUCUGACAACACAGCUGCGCAAGAUUCUCUUUUCCGCUUUCGUGUACGGCGCUUUGGUCAUUGUCUGUCUCGGCGGUGUGGUCUGGGGCCUCUACUACACGAUGCCUGGCGUUUUGCCAGUCCAUUAUUCCUCCAACGAACCAGUCUUGGAGUUCCCUGUUGACCUUUUGUUCUACAAUUUCCUGAUGCCGCUGGCUGUCAAGUUCUUCAAGCCCGGCGACGGAUUGCACGCCAUGUACACCUGGUGGUUCCGAAAGUGCGCCCGCGGCCUCCGCUUGACAUACUUUCUAUUUGGCGAACGACGUAUCGACGAAGAAGGCAUUCUCCAUCUCAGCCCUGAGUUGAGAGGUCAAGUUCCACCUUUCAAGUCAUUACUCCUCGAGCUUGAUGAGCAUAACGCCGUCAUACCCAAGACUUGGAGAGACACAUUUGACGGCGGGGAUGCUAGACCGAACCCAUCCAUAUCGGAAGGGGAAACGAGGGAUAUGACGCACAAAAAGGCCCACCUUGUCAAGACAGGUCAACUCAAGAAGAGCGGCAGAUUUGUUCGUGCUCCCGCAUCGGACAGAGUCAAGAUUCCCAAGGGUCAACGGGUUUUCCUGACAGUCUCCGAACGCAAUCGCCGAAAGGACGGCAACGCGGACGACGACAUGUACGCCUCCGCCCAGUACCAACUGGUCUACGUGCCACCAAACUUCCGCGCCCGGGUGUUCUUGUUCAUCCUUUUCAUCUGGCUAUUUGCCGCUGUCACUGGAGUUGGCUUCACUAUCGCGCCGUUGGUGCUCGGCAGAACCAUGUUUAAGAUGCUGAUUCCAGCCCACAUUCGCACCAAUGAUAUCUACGCAUUCAGUAUUGGCAUCUACGUUUUGGGCUCGCUGGCCUAUACCAUCUUCCGCCUUGGUCAUCUUCUCGCCAGACUCCGACAUUUGACAAGCGAGCUCGUCCACGAGAUUGCGAGGGGAGACACCAGGAUUCGCAUUCUUCACGGGCUGACGCGCGGUGCUCAGCUUUUCUAUGCCUAUUUCUUCCUGUAUAUUGUGUUCCCCUUAUUGGUGUCAGCACUGAUGGAGCUAUACUUGAGUAUUCCUCUGCACACCUACAUGAAUCCACCCGGGCAACGACAGAAGGAAACGACGGCGGCUAGCCCGGAGGGAGAGGCUGGGCGCCAUACCGUACGGGUUAUUCAAUCCUGGACGCUUGGGCUUCUGUACCUCAACCUUGCAACCAGGAUGAUCACAUCACUCUUUCGCGACACUCGAGCUGCCAUGGCGGUGAGAUCUGUGAUGCGGAGAGGUUACCUAAAGCCGGAUGUCGACAUCCUCACUAGAGCAUUUGUCAUUCCCGCAGUUGCCCUGUCAAUUGUCGCAAUAUUUGGUCCUCCUACGGCUGCAAAUCUUUUAAUCAAUUUCGGCAUUCUCUCGCCCUCGCAAGUCGUCGGGGUUGUAGCCGACACGGCCAAUCUGUCCUCGAUAUUCAGAUAUUCCUACCCAGUGGCCGCAGUGUCUGUCGUCAUGGUCAGGUAUGCUGUUGGAUUGACAAGAGUGUUUCAUCGAUGGACAGCGGGGGUUCGAGACGAGGCCUACUUGAUUGGGGAAAGGCUACACAACUUUGGCGCGGCGACAGCGGGAUCCAGAAAGGCCAGGAAAGCGUGGGGCGCUGCUGGUGGGGGAAGACUUUGA